GUCAGUUUAUAGCCCAAUAUCAACUCCCUGUGGUCUUUUCCUGUAAUUUCCACUCUCAUUUAAUAAUAAAUUGUUACUGUUUAAUCUGCAAAACCCCAUUCAGGAAAGAAAAACGUUGACCGUGGAGGCGUUUACCUUUCUUUAUGAUGGAAUGAAACCGACUGAAUUCAUAACUGAAGCAGACAUGGGGCAUGGCAUCUAGUCAACUGCCUUACUCAGAAAGCCCCAACAGCUAUUUCAGUGCAUGCAUGGCUUUUCGGUUCAUGUUCAUCCGAAUGAAUGUCAGUUGAUCUAUGCUACAGCAGAGGAGUCAAGAGUUAAUCUGCAAUGAGUAAAACCGGUCAGGAGGCUCCGCAGUAGAGACGAAUGCAACUGUUAAAAUGGCCUCACGAGAUAGUAACGUGUAACAGGUAACGUGUGUAAAAGGUUAUUCGAAAACAAAACGUCCGACACUAGACUGGAUUUGUGACACAAGUUUUAAAAACACUGGUCAUCGUAGAAAAAGGAUUCAUUCAUUGUUCACAGGAAACAACACAGCAUACAAUGACAGAAUUAAUACCAGAGAACCUGCAGACCCAGGAGUCCCAACUGGCCUGCUGUGAAGAGUCAACCACGCAAACUCAUGAAUUUCUCGUAGACUCUAGCUCCCCAUCUACAGCUCACAUGCAGGACAGCCCAGAAGGUCUUCCCCUGGCUCAAGAAUCCCCUGAGGUGAAACGGGUUGAUGCAUGUCAUGAUCCGGACAAAGAGGACGUAGUUCCAGCUCUGGUGGUCACAAAGACCAGUGAGGCAGCAAAGCUGAACAGAGGCCCUGGGACACCACAGGACGAGCGAAGAGAGACAGACACUCAGUUUGGUCACACCACUAUUGACCACCGCUGCAGUGAUGCAGCAUAUCUCAGCUGCUCAGACCUCCAGUCUCUGCGCAGUGAUACAUUGUCCUUGGCAAGUGAGGCUGCUAUCUCAGCAAAGAGUGAUGAACAGGAGUGUCUGGAGGAUGAUACGCAGAGUGUCACUGCAUCUUCCAUCACAUCUCUGUUCCACCGUCUUCAGAUGGAUCCUUUAGAAAGGGAUUGGCUGCGCUGUGCAGCUUUGGGAAACACUCCUGCUCUCCACCAGCUCUUGGAACAGGACCCAACACUGGCCUCUAGAAAGGACUUUGUAACUGGGUUUACAGCGCUCCACUGGGCAGCCAAGCAGGGCCGUCUGGAGACAGUGGACAUGAUGGCCAGGGCCGGUGCGGACGUCAACCUGAGAUCGGUGAGAGAGCUGACAGUGGCUGGAGCCCUGCCCAGAGCUUUACACCUCGAGAAGCCCUCCAGCACACAGAUAAUGCCUAAACCCAGCAGCAGCGCCGAGCAGACGUGA